GAAAUAUUGAUGUAAAUUAUUUGUGGUUUCUUUUAAAUAGUUUCAAUUAUCUGUUUUGAAAAAUGAUGAAAAUUGGUUUGAAAAGUUUCUUAUUGUUUAGCUGAAGUACGAAAAGAUGUUAGCAGACAAUUUCAAAUUGCAAUAUUAUUAGGGGAUGUUGAAGAACAUGUGAAAUUUCUUAGACAAUGCAAUCAAAGUGAUAUUUUAUAUUUUUUCUCUAUGAGAUUGAAUUAUGUUAUGUCUUUUUUUAUACAAUAGAAUCAUUUGAUGAAAAAGUAAUUUAUUAUGAACAAAAAAUACUCGCAUGUUAAUACUUCAUCCGAGAGGGUUUAAAAAAAAUUAAAGCAAUUUUGAAAGUUUUAUUUUUCGUUUUCUAAUAUCUUCAAUUGAAAGUCUUGAAAACUAGUUAUAGGUUUUCAUGUAAAUAUACCAAUUUUUUUGAGAUAUUAAAUAAUUUCUAAACAAUCUUUAAUUGUAUUCAACACAUCAUUUAUCUAAAGAGUUUUCUGUACUGUUGUAUAAAGAAGUUUAUGAUGAUUCUCGAAGUUUACCGCGACAUUGAAUGAUAAAAUUUUUUUUCUAAAAGACAUUUCAAAUAAUCACCAUGUCAUAGUUAGUUUAGUUUAUUUUCUCUGAUUGAUAUUCAUUAGAAUGUAGAUUAAAAACAAAAUAAGAAGACUUCGUAUUCUGUUUCAAAAAAGGAAUAAGCCGGUAGACUGAGAUUUUAACAAAGUUAUUACUAUUACUUGUUCUUUGUUUAAUUGAUAUGUUAGAUAUGAAAUAAUAAGAUAGACAUACAUUUAAUCAAUAUUAAUCUCGUGUUAAAUUUAGUAAUUAAAAAUAAAAUAUUUAUUUUAGAUACCUGAUAUAAAUCUAAAUGCUAAAUUAAUUUUACCACCAUGUUCAAUAAGUCAACAAGAAUCAAAGCAAAUUUAAUAUCAAACAUAACAGCAAAACUUGCUUUAAAUCUUCAUAUUGAUGAAACAGCAACAAGUGGUUGAGAUUGGGUUUAUGAUGAAGUACCAAUUGAAGGUGAUGACGAUGAUCUUAAUAGAGAAAGUCUUAAUAAUAACCAAGAUGAACAGGACGAUGGUUGAGGUGAUACUGAAAUUGAAUUACCACCUGGUCUUGUAUGUUUUUAUUCAAAUAUAUAAAUUAUUGGUUUAUUUAAUAAAUAUUUUUAAAUUUUUAUUUUAAUUAUUAAGGCGUGAUGCACGUUCACCAAAAUUAUUUUAUCUAGCAGUUGGAUUUAAAUCAGAAAAAUUAGUUGGACGUUGUCAAAUCGUUUAUCGUUUAACAACACAUGAGAAAUUUCAAGAAGCUGUUGAAAAAUUUCGUUCAACAUUAUUAUCUGUUGCAUUAUGUAUUGUUGAAUCACGUCAAGAUAUUUUUGAGAGUCAACAAUUAACUGAAAUAUGUAAAGAAUAUAUUACACGGAAAGUAUUAAGUGUACGUGAAAAGAAUCCAAUUGAUGAACAUCCAUUAAAUUAUGUUGAAUAUAAUUCAUUUAAUAUUUGUGCAGCAUCCUAUGUACCACAUUUAUCGGUAAGAAAUGAAAAUCCAUUAUCCAGUGCAGCCCAUUUAUCGGAAUUUAUAGAACAAUUAUGUCAAGUUACAAAAGCAACUGAAAUUGGAAUUCUAAUUCUAUUAUCAUUAUUAUUAACUUUUAAUGCAUAG